AUGGUCAAAAUGCCCAAGUUAAAGCCGGUGGACUUCCUCCGCUCGCAGUUCAAAAAACUGCCUUACCCGUCCGAGGACUGCACUGGACGUACAAUCAUCGUGACGGGGUCCAACGUCGGCUUGGGUCUCGAGGCGGCACGCCACUUUGUGCGGCUCAACGCCACCAAGGUUAUCCUCGCAGUCCGGAGCACCGACAAGGGCGAGGCCGCCAAAACAGACAUUGAGCUUACGACCGGCAAACGGGAUGUCAUCGAAGUGUGGCCGCUCGACCAGGCGUCCUUCGACAGCGUGAAGGAGUUUGCGGCGCGCGCCGACAAGCUUUCCCGGGUGGACUGCGUCGUUCUCAAUGCAAGCAUCGCAACCAACAAGAGGACCGAUGCGGAGGGCUGGGAGUCGCAGGUCACGGUCAAUGUGCUGAGUACGUUCCUGUUGGGACUGAAGUUGAUGCCCGUUCUGAGGAGGACGGGAAAGACGUACAAUGUGACGCCGAAGAUGGUCAUUGUUGCCUCAGACGCCAGUCAGAUGCAGGCCAAGUUCGUGGAACGUAACGAGGAGGACAUUUACAAGGCGCUCAACACCAAUAAGAGCCUGACAGAUCGGUAUAACACGACCAAGCUCAUGCAAAUCAUAAUCGCGCGGCAGAUGGCUAUCGCGGCGGACGCAUCUGGGAAGGGGAGAGUGCAAAUCACAACGCUGAACCCGGGCCUAUGCUCGACAGCGCUCUUCCGCAACGUACCGUUCCCCCUGACUGUCGUCGUAAAGAUCGGGCUGAAGCUGCUGGCGCGAUCGGCGGAGGUGGGGUCGCGCUGCCUCAUGUCGGCGGCAUUCGCCGGUGAGGAGGCUCACGGGCGGUACAUGAGCGACUGCGUCGUCGUCAAGUUCCCGAAGCUGAUGCAGGGAGAGGAGGGUGAGCAGAUGCAGGGCCGGUUGUGGGAGGAGACCUUGGAGGUGUUGAACGGGGUUGAUCCUGGAGUUUCCAGGAACUUGUAG